UAGUUUGUGAACAGAAUGACUUAAAAAUGUGGAUUGACAAGCUUUCCGGUGCACAGAGAGACCUUUAAAAAUGCUAAAAUCAGGCAGACCCCACCCCAAUGGCAAACAUACAGUAAUUCCCGGUUACUGCCUCAUUAACUUGGUCUCUUCCGUGUUCCAGCAACUAAAUUGCGAUUGGGAAUCAGUCAUUGUUUAUUCACAGUGACGCUGAAAUGUUCCCUGGACAUGGUCCCAUCCCGUGUUUAAGGUGCGACCGACAUCCUUUCACUGCACUGCUGAGCUGGGACAGAAGAGACAAGUGGGUUGGAUUCAGGAGGGGUGGGCGCCGAUGGGAUGAGGCGGGGAGAUGACCGAAGGUGCGGUGGAAGAGGAAGAUCUUGAGAUGAACUUUGAAACCGCCUGAGUUCAAUGCUUUUGCACAUCUGAAGAGAGAUUUUUGAUGAAGUUGGAUCCGCUGAGACUCCAGGACAACGUGUGUAACAAGGGAUAGCUGAAAGUUGGAGAGUACCCUGAACAAAUUAUCGUCGACGAAAAAGUUGCGGCUGCAAAAAAAAGAGAGGAGUUUCCUAUUUGGAAAAUGGAUGGAUCCUUCAUCAUAGGGUCUUAUUUCCCAAAGCUCCUUGGACUGUUCUGGGUUUUCUUGAUAUCUGAAGGAGUGUUGGUUGUUGGUUGUCCAUUUCGAUGCACGUGCAGUCAGCUUCUUGUAAACUGUACGGAUAGAGGCCUGCAACGAUUUCCAGCAAAUAUUUCACUCAACACCAAGCAACUGGUUCUCUCUGACAACAAUGUUUCUCAGCUUCCUACUUUCAAGCUUAAGUAUCUGGGGAAUUUAUUGCAUCUUGAUCUCAGGAAUAAUUCGAUAUCGGAAAUCUCUGAAAGCUCAUUGCUCGGCAUGAAGAUGCUUGUGUACUUAGAUCUCAGCUACAAUAAGCUAAGGUCUAUCUCUCACUCGGUAUUCCAGCCCUUGACAAAUUUGCUUGUGCUGAAGAUAAAUAACAAUGACGGAUUGACUUUAAUUGAUUCAUCUGCAUUUAUAAAAAACAUAAAACUUGGAGAAAUUGACAUAAGUGGCAACGCUCUUACACUUGUUAAUGUCAGAGCAUUCAGAACACUUGCUCAUUUAAAAUCCCUUCAUAUGGCUGGCAAUCACUGGAUUUGCAACUGCAACAUCAAUGAUUUAAGUAAUUGGAUGGGAAACAACCGAGAAAUUAUUCCAGAUGCCGCUAAUGUCAUUUGCAAAUAUCCUAAACGAAUGCAUGGAGUCCGAGUCUUAGAGGUUGCAGAUAAACUUCCGUUGUGCUGCCUACAGUUCAACUGCAGUCACCUCUUCUAUUGGUUUCUUGUUGGCCCUGCAGUAUUCACUGCCAGUAUCAUUUUCAAUUUAAUUUUGAGCUUAGUGAUGUCUUUUUUCAGGCGAUACAAAAAGAGGGAUCUUGAAAAUUACCAUAAACUGCGCAAGGUUAUUUCAAUCCGAUACUCCAAGCGGCCUAUCGAAAUUGUCCAUGAAAUCAAUAGAAAGUUAUCCUUCAAUGGGAAACUUGUAAGAUGAUUGUAAGCGGGUUACACUGGCUAGGUUACUCUUGGAUAUUCAGUGUGAAAUCAAUCCAUACGAGAAUUACAGCAAGCAAUUGUAUGCCAACCAGACAGAAUUAAUUUUAAAUGACUGUUAAAUAUAGCAUCAACACUGUGAUGUCUUGAUGCCGAAAUCAUCCACGGUCACUUUGCAGUCAGAUUGCAAUUAACGUGUCUAAUUUGUACUCGUAUUUAACCCUUUGACUUUUACUUUCGUAUCUGUCCAAAUUUGAACAAUGAUUCUGCUGUAUAAUCCAUGCUGGUGAUUUUCUGUAUAUUAUUUGAUGCUGAAUUGUACAAAGUUGAAAUGCACAAAAAUAAAGGAUACUAUUUAAUCCAAA